AUGUCAGCGACAGAUAACAGCCAACCCACAGUUACAAGCUCCCCAGAGCUGGUUGGCGAUUCGAUAAAUUAUUUCUCUAAAAAAUCAAAAACUUAUUUUUCUCGAGAGGAAAUUCAACAAUUCUUGAAAUUCCAUAAUAAUGAGUCUUCUCGAGGGAGCACAAGUAAUAGCAGCAACAAUAUUAUAGACAGCAAUAGCAAAAAUAACAAGAACAAUGCUAUUGCGACAAAUAAAGAUAUCGCUAUUCGGUCGCAAUGGAUUGACUUUAUUAACACGGUUGGACGAAAGCUUGGAUUUCCACAAAGCACCAUAUGUACAGCACAAGUUCUAUACAAUCGAUUCUUUCUCUUUCACUCGACAAAAGAAUAUCCUCCAAGUGAUAUUAGUUCAGCGUGUCUUUUUGCGGCAAUGAAAUUCGAGGAAACGCAUAAGAAACUAAAAGAUAUUGUGGCAGCUGUGCAAUCAAUUAGGUAUCCAAAUAGCAGUGAACCUAAUGAUCAAUUAGUGGAGGAACAAAGGAAGAAAAUGGUCGGCUACGAGCGAUUGAUAUUGGAAUCAAUAUGUUUUGACUUUAAAGUACAAGAUCCAUAUAAAUACAUAAUCAAAUUCACAAAGAAAUUAGGCGGCCAGAAAGUGAUCGCAGAGAAGGCUUGGAAAAUAUGCAACGAAAGUUAUAAAACGACCAUGUGUCUAAGAUUCCCGCCUCACACCAUUGCUGCGUCCUCGAUAUACCUGGCCGCCCAUUUUUUAGAUAAAAAAGACUUUUUGUUUUCGGCAAACAUCAAUGAUCAGCCAUGGUAUAAAAUAUGUUUAUCACGAAUCGAGGAUAUCGAAGUUGUAUUGUUAUCAUCGCUACUGGACUCGUCGUCUAAUGGAUAUGAAACCGUGCGAUAUAUUUUUACGCCGGAUUCCUCGGAUACAUCUUUGUUAUCACCUUCAAUUUCAAUACCACUAUCAUCGCCAUCAAUGUCACCACGAGCGCCAUUGCUAUCGCCUAAUGAUUUUUACUAA